CGAGGAAGGCAUUCCUCUCUCUCUCUCUCUCUCUCUCUCUCUCUCUCCCUCUCUUUCUCUCUCGCCCUAUAAGGGAAACAACAUAAACACACCCUUCACACUCGCACAGACAACAGCACAAAGCCUUUCUUUUUCAUUUUUCUUUCCCUUUAAACAAUUUCCACAAAGAUUUGUGUCGGUGAAUUUGGAUUUUCUAUCUUUAUUUUCUUUUUCCCCUUAUCAAACCCCAUCUCUUAAUAUUAAAAUAAAAAACAAAACCCAAAAAUCACAAUCAACGUGUAAGCUUACCUGAAUGACACCCCCGUUUCUUUUCAUACCCAGCUGAGCAGAGCUCUACCCAUGAAAACCCAUCUUCUCUAAACUAAACUCCUUCCUCCAUGAAAGCUCGGUAACAUCUUCGCUUAGGUUUCUUCAAUUUUUUUUAGUGAUACAAAAAAUAAAAAAGAAGAAAUUCGAGUGAUUAUUUGUCUCCAUACAUGGAAAUGGAAGGCGAAACGGAGAAGGUGAUAACAAGGAAACGAGGAGGAGGAGGAAUAGAGAGGGAGAGGCCUUUUAAAGGGAUAAGGAUGAGAAAGUGGGGAAAGUGGGUGGCUGAGAUAAGAGAACCGAACAAGCGGUCAAGGAUUUGGUUAGGUUCUUAUUCGACUCCUGUUGCGGCCGCUCGAGCCUAUGACACGGCGGUUUUCUAUUUGAGAGGCCCGUCUGCAAGGCUUAAUUUUCCCGAGUAUUUGGCAGGAGAAAGUAUUAGCGGCGGCGGCGGCGGCGGUGAUAUGUCGGCUGCUUCGAUAAGGAAGAAAGCUACUGAGGUUGGAGCUAGAGUCGAUGCUCUUGAAACCGCUUUACAUCAUCACCACCAUUACCAUAACCGUGACGAUGAUGCUCAUCAACGAAGCAGCAGCAGCAGCAGUAGUAAUAAUAAUAACAAUAAUAGUAAUAUUAAUAACAAUAAAUCGGGUACAAGCACAAUGGAUAGCUCAUCAGAAUUCAAGUCUUUUGUAGAGCAGGUCGACUUGAAUAAGGUACCCGACCCGGAAGAUUCGGAUGUUGAAUGGGAAAGGAAUUAGAAGACUUCCUAUCCUUUUCUUCUCCUUUGGUGGUGGCCGCUGGCUAACAUGCGCCGGGGAGGUAUGUUACAGGUUAUGGAUAAUUGAACGAUGAGGCCUCUAAGUUAAUCUCAGUAUUUAUGUUUUCUUUUAUUAGAUUUUUUUUUUCUUUUUUGUUUAGUAAGGAAAUUUUGGCCUUUGUAAAAUUGAUAAAUGUAUAUUAUUGGGUUAUGACAUUUAUUAUUA